AUGAAAAAGUCCGAGAAGGAGCCAGAGCUCGCGAUAGGCAAUGGUGGUGGUAGUAGUGAAAAGGCCGGCUAUGGAAAAACCGAAGAUGAUAUCAUAUCAGACAGUUCGUUGGAGUCCUCGCCGCCGCUGGGAUUUUGGACUCGCAUGGGCUGCACCCCAGAGUCCUUCAAGCGACGCACGCUUGCCGAUAAACACAACCAACUUAACCAGACAUUGAAGUCUCGACAUCUGCAUAUGAUUGCCAUUGGAGGCAGCAUAGGUGCCGGUUUGUUCGUUGGUUCGGGUUCGGCGUUGAGAGCAGGUGGCCCAGGGGCUCUCCUAAUCGACUUCGCCAUUGCUGGAAUGAUGAUGUUCAAUGUGGUUUACGCCCUAGGCGAACUUGCUGUCUUAUUCCCCAUCUCCGGCGGGUUUUAUACCUAUUCGACUCGUUUUAUCGACCCCUCCUGGGGCUUUGCGAUGGGCUGGAACUAUAUAUUCCAAUGGGCGAUCAUCCUACCGCUUGAGCUCACAGUUGCCGCCUUGACGAUAGGAUACUGGCAAGUUAAUGUCAGCGUAGCGGUAUGGAUCACUAUGUUCAUUAUCGCAAUCAUCUUGAUAAAUAUCUUUGGGGUCUUGGGUUAUGGAGAGGAAGAGUUUUGGGCCAGCAGUCUGAAACUCGUGGCUAUUGUAAUAUUCAUGAUCAUGGCCCUGGUAUGUGUCCUUGGUGGUGGCCCGUCGCAUGGCAAAUAUACCGAGUAUUGGGGUGCUAGGUUGUGGCACGAUCCAGGAUCGUUUGCCAAUGGCUUCAAAGGUGUUUGCGCCGUGUUCGUCACUGCAGCCUUUGCUUUCUCUGGCACCGAACUGGUUGGAUUGGCGGCAGCAGAGUCGAAAACCCCCCUUAAGUCUCUCCCAUCAGCAAUAAAGCAGGUGUUUUGGCGUAUCACUCUGUUUUAUAUCCUUGCUCUUGCCUUCAUCGGCUUGCUGGUGCCUUACACCGAUAAACGCCUUCUCGGCAGUGGCAGCCUUAUUGACGUUACUGCCUCCCCCUUUGUCAUUGUUGCCAAAGAUGCCGGUCUGGUAGGCUUUGAUAGCUUCCUGAACGUUGUGAUCUUGGUCUCCGUGCUCUCUAUCGGGAAUUCAGGCGUAUACGGUGGCUCUAGGACGUUGACUGCGCUGGCUGAGCAGGGCUACGCCCCUAGAAUCUUCAACUAUGUUGAUCGAGCUGGCCGCCCUCUCGUUUCCACCGUAGCCAUGAUACUUGUGAGCUUCCUUGCAUACAUCAACAUAUCUGCAAGCGGUGAAGAGAUAUUCGCCUGGCUGCUUGCUCUCUCGGGACUUGCCUCCCUUUUCACCUGGGGAAGUAUCUGCCUGGCACAUAUUCGAUUUCGCGCUGCAUGGAAAUACCAUGGUCAUUCUUUGGAUGAAAUACCCUUCAAGGCUGCAUUCGGCGUCUGGGGAUCGUGGUUCGGCCUUAUCUUCGUUGGUCUUGUUUUCAUCGCUCAGGAUAUGACACAGUUUUACACCGCCGUCUGGCCACUUGGUGGAGGUGUGAAUGCCAAUGGCACUAACGAUGCCAAAGGAUUCUUCAAAACUUAUCUGGCUGUGCCUGUUGUUCUCCUGUUCUGGGCGUGCGCAUAUUUUUGGAAAGGAAAUGGGUGGUUGAAACUUCGCGAUAUUGAUGUCGACGCUGGACGCCGAGAGAUUGACUGGGAGGAACAUAAUCGUGUUAUGGAGGAAAGAAAAAGGGCGUCGGCUUUUAUGAGAGUUGUGUAUUUCCUCUUCUAG